AUGGAUUCAACUUAUGCCUUAAAUCAAUUAGAUACUUUACCAAUUGGACGAGAACAAAUUCAAAAAGAAACUCUUAAGGAUCCUGAAACUGCAAAGCUUUAUAAGAACAUCCAAAGUGGAUCUGAAAUGGAAGCUGAUGAGUUAGUCAGGUAUUCCAUAGAAAAUGGAUGUAUUUUGAAGGGUAUCCGUGUAGUCAUUCCUAAAAAGUUACAAAAAGGGAUUUUGGAUGAGUUGCAUAUUGGACAUACAGGUAUAGUAAGAAUGAAGAACUUAGCAAGAAGCUAUGUGUGGUGGAAAGGGAUAGAUAAGGAUAUUGAAGGUUUAGUAAAAUGUUGCAGGAAAUGUUGUUUAUAUAAGAAUAAUCCAAGCAAACAAACACCAUAUCAUCCUUGGGAGUAUCCAACUCAGCCGUGGAAGCGUAUUCACGUUGAUUACGCGGGUCCGUUCCAGGAAAGGUAUUUUCUAAUAAUAGUCGAUGCUCAUUCGAAAUAUCCUGAAGUGUUUAUUACAACCAAAACAGAUUCGAAAACCACAAUAAGGUUGUUGCGUGAAACAUUUGCACGAUUUGGCAUUCCAACAACUUUAGUGAGUGAUAACGGAACCUGUUUUACAUCUCAAGAAUUUCAGAAGUUUUUACAACUUAAUGGAGUCAAACACAAACUUACAGCACCUUAUCAUCCGGCUACGAAUGGCCAAGCUGAAAGAUUCGUACAAACUGUUAAACAAGGAUUAAGAACUAUGUCAGGUGAAGGAGACUUAUCUGUAAGGUUGACACGUUUGUUAAUGCAAUACAGGCGAAUUCCACAUUCCGAAACGGGACAAUCACCGGCGGAGUUGUUAUUUAAGAAUCAUUACCGAACCAGGUUGGACUUGGUGAGAAGAGACCUUCCUGCAGAAAAAAAUGAUAGAAUUCCUGAUGGAACUUCGAGAGAUUUCCAAGUAGGUGACUAUGUACAGGCGAGAUUUUAUGCUAACAAAGAUGAGAAGUGGAAGUUCGGAGAGGUAUCGCAAAAACAUGGAAAACUACACUAUGAGGUCAAUAUCGAGGGACAGUCGCACCGACGACAUCAGGACCAACUAACAAGUUGUGGAAAACCCAAUGACGAAACUGAGCCGACUGUUGAAGAAACGCCAAAACCAGAAAAUACAGAGUAA